AUGUACCAGUUCUUCAAAGACGGCUUCUUCAACUUCGAACUUGUCCGACUACUGGGAUCUGCAACUUUUGGCGGAUGCGAGAUCGGCGAGGCCCUCGACAUUAUCCCUCUCAUCAAAGAAAAAGAUCCUAACAGCUGGUACAAUGCAUGGGCGAAAGCCGGAACCCGAGCGGAGACACUUGCCAAAGAGGCCGAGCUACAAGGAAAUAAAGCUGCCCGCUGUAAUGCGCUGCUUCGAUCUGCGAAUUACUUUCGCGCGGCCCAGUUCAUGUUGAAUACUCGACCAGACGACCGCAUUCUCGAGUCGGCGGAGCGCUCGGUCCAUAACUUCAAACAAGCGAUUCGUCUCCUGGACGGGCCUGCCUAUGAAGUCAACAUCCCAUACGAGGGCAUUCGCCUGCCAGGCUAUCUCUACUUGCCCUCGGUUGCCAAGCGCUUACCAGGCGGCAAGACCCCGAUCUUGAUCAGCACGGGAGGCCUGGACUCCACCGUCGAGGAGCUGUAUUUCAUUGGAGGUGCCUCGGGCCCCAGUUUGGGAUACGCCGUGCUGACCUUCGAAGGUCCCGGCCAAGGCAUUGUGCUCCGCCGCGAGGCCGCCUCAUACAUGCGGCCGGACUGGGAGGUUGUCACCGGAGCUGCGAUAGACUUUCUCUACGAAUUUGCAACGCAACAUCCCGAUCUCGAGCUGGAUUUGACUCGUAUUGCGCUUCAUGGUGCCACAUUGGGUGGCUAUUACGCUCUGCGAGGCGCGGCCGAUUCCCGUAUCUCUGCUUGCGUCGCCGUCGACCCCUUCUACUCCAUGUGGGAGGUUGCCAUCACUCGCAUGCCCGCGCCUUUUAUCAAGGCUUGGACAUCAGGGUGGUUGGGCGAUGGCAUCUUCAACCUGACGUUGCACAUUCUGUCCCGGGUCAAUUUUCAGAUCAAAUGGGAAAUGGACCAGGUACAGUGGGCCAUGGGCAUGAAGAGUCCGGCGGAAGCCAUGCGACGCAUGCAGGACUUUACACUCCAAACUGCAAAUGGUGGCGAGUACCUUGAUCAGGUCAAAUGCCCCGUCAUGGUUACGGGUGCUGCGGCAUCGAUCUACGCCACGGAGGACCCCAGUGCGAACAAGGUAUUUAGCCGGUUACAACAUCUUCCAGUGGAUCGUAAGCGUCUGUGGGUUGGCAAGGAAGUGUCUGAUGGAGGGCUUCAGGCAAAGGUUGGCGUGUUCGGCUUGGCGCAGUAUCGGACUUUUGCAUUUCUGGAUGAGCAGUUUGGAAUCCAUCGAAGUAUAUAG